ACCCAUAUAAGUAAAAGAUGGGUUAGGCAUGAACGAGAAUGGAUAUAAAUUUGACAUCAUAUCCGAUUCUUUCCGAUCAUCCAAAACACACCCUCGAUAGUUACUUACUCGCAAGGUCUGAGACUUCUGUGUGAGCAAAACGCAAUUAAACGAACAGACGAAUAAUGGACAAGAUUGGGAAGAGAUUUGAAGGGAAGGUGGCUAUUGUCACGGCUUCAACUCAGGGCAUCGGUUUCGGCAUCGCCGAGCGGCUUGGCUUGGAAGGAGCCUCUGUUGUCGUCUCCUCUCGGAAACAGAAAAACGUAGAUGAAGCAGUGGAAAAGCUUAAAGCUCGCGGAAUCGAAGCGUUGGGUGUGGUCUGUCAUGUGUCAAAUGCACAACAAAGGAAGAAUCUGAUAGACAAGACCAUUCAGAAAUUUGGAAAAAUAGAUGUGAUUGUUUCCAAUGCUGCUGCCAAUCCCUCCGUUGAUGCCAUUUUGGAAACUAAAGAAUCAGUGCUUGACAAACUAUGGGAUAUUAAUGUGAAGACAUCUAUACUUCUUCUACAGGAUGCAGCACCUCACUUGAAGAAGGGGUCAUCGGUUAUUUUCAUUUCCUCUGUUAGUGCUUACCAACCUCCGGCUUCCAUGGCUAUGUAUGGGGUAACAAAAACAGCCCUUCUUGGUCUUACCAAGGCCCUUGCCACCGAGAUGGCCCCAUAUACUCGUGUAAAUUGUGUUGCACCAGGCUUUGUACCCACAAAAUUUGCAGCAUAUAUCACACAAAAUGAUGCUGUUAGGAAGGACAUUGAGGAGAGGACAAUGCUCAACAGGCUUGGAACUACGGAAGACAUGGCUGCUGCCACUGCUUUUUUGGCUUCUGAAGAUGCUUCUUACAUAACUGGAGAAACUUUGGUGGUUGCCGGAGGAAUGCCUUCUAGGCUUUAAUUUUCUCUUUCCUUGUUUUACUAGUUUUUCCGCUCUGCGUUUUGUAUUUUUACUUAUUUCAUACAAAACCUUUGAAUAUUAUGAGCAUAAAUUGUAUGGUUGCCACAAUAGGGAUCAGCAAAGCCAGUGUCUCUUCUUUUAACAACAAUGCUAUACUCACCUUCUUUCUGCACCAUCACCAUUAGCAAUGCGCCCCCACUUACUUUCAUGUCAUGUGGUGGUGCACAAAGGUGGUGUGCACGUCAUUGUUGUUCUUUUAAGGGUUGGUUUAUUGUUUGGAAUAAGCUUUGCUUUCUCUCACUUGUUAUCAUUCCAAGGGAGAACUUGGCAAUUGUAAAAUGCAACUAACAUGAAAUACAGAACAAAUUAUGUGCA